AACCCUUUUCAAAGAAGAAGAAAAUAAGGGAAACCCAAAUUAUGAAUUCCACCAAUUUGGUAGAAAAAACUCCCAUCUUUUUUUUGGUCCAGACCCAUCCCAUUAACCUCCCGUUUUCUUUGACUCAAUUUUUUUCUACUCUAAUUUGUUUUGUUUCUCAUUAUUUCUUCGGUUCUAAAUUUCAAGGAGAGAAUUAUUGAGUCUUUGUUUCCAUCUUUUUGUAUGUAUAAAAAUAUCGAUUCAUUUAACCAAUCUCACAAACAGAAAGUUUCCUUUCUUGUCUAAAUCUUUGAACUAAAAACAAUGCUCCCCAAGACUCUACUGCUACUUCAAUCUUUACUCCUACUUUCCACUUUGCUUUCUUCGUUUCAUGUUUCUUAUGCUGCUUUUAAUGGAGAAGCUCAGGCACUUCUCAACUGGAAAGCAAGCCUUCAGAACCAGUCUCAGUCUAUGCUCUCUUCAUGGUCUCUUUCCUCUAACAAAAACACAACCCCAUGCAGCUGGCACGGCGUCGUUUGCAAUCAGGGAAGUGUCACGAGAAUAAAUCUAACCAGUGUAAACUUGGAAGGUACGCUCGAUCAUUUCAACUUCUCUUCUUUCCCUAAUCUAUCUUCCUUUGAUCUCCAAAAGAACUCACUCUUUGGUACAAUCCCUCCCCAGAUUAGUAAUCUCUCUAAACUCAGUAUUCUCAUUCUGGGUUCCAAUCAGUUUACUGGGUUCAUCCCUAAAGAGCUAGGAAACUUGACCAAUCUUUCUGUUCUAAUCCUUUCCAGCAAUCAUAUCUUGGGAUCCAUCCCAGAGGAAAUUGGAAAGUUGGGAUCUUUAAGGGAGCUUAGAUUGAAUCUGAAUAAUCUCACCGGUCCUAUCCCAGCUUCUAUAGGCAACUUAAAUCAACUUAAGGUUCUUUCACUUUAUGGGAACCAGUUAUCUGGUGAAUUGCCUCAAGAGUUCAACCGCCUUACAAAUUUGACCUUGGUUUUCCUCUCCAACAAUUCCAUCUCUGGGUUUUUACCAGAACAAGUUUGUCAAGGUGGAAUCUUGGAGGAUUUCUGUGCAAGCAACAACCGUUUUGUUGGAACUGUGCCUAAAGGCUUCAAAAACUGUACCACUUUAACAAGACUUCGUCUGGAUAGAAACAAUCUUGUUGGUAAUAUAUCUGAAGACUUUGGUGUUUACCCGAAGCUGGAUUAUGUUGAUCUGAGUUACAACCAUUUUCAUGGCGAGUUGUCACCCAACUGGGGCAAGUGCCAGUUGUUGACAAGCUUGAAAAUUUCUGAUAAUCAGGUUACAGGUGUGAUACCACCAGAGAUUGCAGGCUCUACUCUUCUGCACUUUAUAGACCUUUCAUCAAAUAAACUUGUGGGUGGAAUUCCAAAGGAGUUAGCAACAUUGAAGUCAUUGUUUAAUCUGACUUUGAGCAACAACAAUCUAUCAGGAAAAAUUCCUGAAGAACUCGGCAAUUUACCAGAUUUAUCUUAUCUUGAUUUGGCUGCAAAUAAUCUGAGUGGCAUAGUACCCUUGAAUCUGGGUCAGUGUUCAAAAAUGCUGUGCUUGAAUUUGAGUAGCAACCAACUCCAUGGAGGUAUUCCUGAGGAGAUUGGCGAGUUGGAGUCCCUCCAAGUUAUGCUAGAUCUUAGCAGAAACUCACUUUCUGGGGAAAUUCCAUGGCAGCUUGGACAUCUUGUUAAACUGGAAAUUUUGGAUCUUUCCCGCAACCAACUUACUGGGUCAAUUCCAUCAUCUUUCGAACAGAUGGAGAGCUUGAGAAUAGUUGAUUUUUCUCAUAAUGAAUUGGAGGGUCCUGUUCCAGAAAACAAAGCUUUUCGAGAAACAAUUAAUGCAGAUUCAUUGGGCCAUAAUAGAGGACUCUGUGGAAACUAUUCUGGCCUGUUAAACUGUCCUGAUCGUAACAGAGGACAUGGCAACGGAGUGCUCCUGAUCAUCAUUCCUCUCGUCGGAGCUUCACUUAUCCUGAGCAUCCUCGUUGGGAUUCUCUAUGGAUUGCAGAAAGAAAGGAGAAAAACAAGCGACGAGCUCAGAGACUCCCACCAUGGAAACCUAUUCGCCAUCUGGAGCUACGACGGGAAGAUGGUUUACGAAGAUAUCAAAGAAGCAACAGAAGGGUUCGAUGCCAAGCACUGCAUCGGGGUAGGCGGCCAUGGAAGUGUUUACAGAGCAGAGCUUUCAACAGGACAAGUAGUGGCAGUGAAGAAGCUUCACCCAUCACAGUAUCCCAAGCUGGAGGAUAGAAAAACCUUCGAGACUGAGAUUCGGGCAUUAACCAAGAUCCGCCAUAGAAACAUUGUGAAGCUCCAUGGGUUCUGUAGUCAUGCACAGCAAUCUUUUCUGGUUUAUGAGUACUUGGAGAGGGGAAGCUUGGGGAAGAUUCUUGGCGAGGUGGAGCAGGCGAAAGAGUUGGAUUGGAUCAGAAGAAUAAAUGUGGCGAAAGGAGUUGGUAAUGCUCUUUGUUAUAUGCAUCAUGAUUGUAUCCCACCGAUUAUUCAUAGGGAUAUAUCGAGCAAUAAUAUAUUGCUGGAUACAAAAUUUGAAGCGAGAGUUUCUGAUUUUGGAACCGCUAGACUUGUGAAGCUUGAUUCUUCUAAUUGGACAGCCGUUGCUGGAACUUGUGGCUACAUCGCUCCAGAGCUUGCGUACACAAUGAAGGUCACAGAAAAAUGUGAUGUAUAUAGUUUCGGAAUGGUGAUACUAGAAAUAAUGAUGGGGAGGCAUCCUGGUGAUUUGAUAUGUUCUCUCUCGGCACCGUCUCUAUCUCCACCAUUGCGAUCGCCAUCAUCAUCAUCGUUAUCAUCUUCCUCUUCCUUCGUCGAACCAUCGACACCAGUCGUAAAACCUAAUGCCAUAUCAUUAAAGGAUGUGUUAGAUCAGCGACUAGCCAGCCCAGAGCCAGAGGUGGCGGAAGAAAUAGUACGGAUCGUGAAGUUGGCUUUUGCAUGUAUAAACAAUAAUCCACAAAAUCGGCCGACGAUGCAGCAAGUGUCGCAAGAACUGUCGAGUAGGAAGCUAUCGUUUUCUGAGUCAUUUGACAAAGUUACGCUUGGACAACUUAUGGGUUCUGGUUCUUCGGAUCUCAAUGGAUCAAGUCAUGCAAGUGGACCUCUAUAUAAAUGAAAAGCAUAUAAAUUAAUAUAUGAUAUAUAUAUAUAUAUAUGCGCACCUAAGAUACAAUAUUCUUUUGAUUUUACUUUUCAAGUUUUUUUAUUGGACUAACAGCAAUUAUGUGUUAUACAAAAGUAAGAAGAAAAAAUAAAUAAAUGUCAUGAGAUGUUUGUACGCUUAAA